UUGACGUUUGACUUGCGGAACUUCCGUUAAUGACGUAUUUGCGGUGUGGAGGAGAAGAGCAGAACUACAGCAAAGAUAAACGCGAAUCUCCAUCCAAACAUCACAUUCAUGCAGCUUUUAUCAUCCACGAUCCUCCCGAACCUGGAGAGAAGCUCGGCUGACUGAUAACGGAAACACCGUCUCCUCAUAACGGACGCACCGGCACUCGGAUCGGCUUCAGGUUCAUAGCGGAUCCGACCGUAGCGCUCUCUCGGUAGCACCACCGUCUUAUGCUCCAUUUUCCUGCGUCUCUCCCGCUGUUAUUGGGCUCCAUGUGGCUGCGGGAUCUGUGUGUGUCUGAUUAUGGCGAGAAAAACAGUUAGCAGGAAGAGAAAAGCGGCGGAGUUCAAAGAACAACAGCUCGAUUGGUGCCAGUCUGUGAGCAAGCGUGCCCGUGUGUCCUCUUCAUCCCGCCAUGCUCAGCAGUGCUGGCAGGGCCGUCAGUCAUUGGUGUGCGCCAUCCGGGGCCGAGAGGUCCGGCCACAGAAGCAGCACGAAUGGGGGUUCCAGCGCAGUUUACGUGGCUUCGCAGCAGGACGCGUUCCAGGAAUCCUCAGAGAGCGCGAGUUUACCUUGGGCUGCCUCAACAAGGUGUUUGCAUCACAAUGGCUCAACCAUCGACAGGUGGUGUGUGGGACCAAGUGCAAUACGCUCUUUGUGGUAGACGUGUUUACGGGCCAGAUAACCCGGAUCCCCAUGCUAAAGGACAGAGAGGGGAGAGGUGGGAGCUCCAUGGGGGUGAAUGGUUUGGGUGGCCCUGGGUUUCACGGCCCAGGCCUGACCGGGGGACUGGAUGCUCAGCAGGGCUGCGGCAUCCACGCCAUUGAGCUCAACCCUUCACGCACCCUGCUGGCCACUGGAGGAGAUAACCCAAACAGCAUGGCUGUGUAUCGCCUGCCGACUCUUGAUCCGGUCUGCGUGGGAGACGACGGUCACAAUGACUGGAUCUUCUCCAUUGCCUGGAUCAGUGACACUAUGGCUGUGUCAGGUUCUCGGGAUGGCUCCAUGGGUCUGUGGGAAGUGUCUGAGGAGGUGCUGAGUCAGGCAGAGAAACAGCAGGCUGAAGAAGGGGUCCCCAGCUAUGCCCACAUCUCCCAUCGUGCCCUAAAAGACAUCCCUAAGGAGUACACCCACCCGUACAACUGCAAAGUGCGCGCCCUAGCUUUCAAUAACAGCCAUAAGGAAUUGGGUGCCGUGUCUCUAGAUGGUUAUUUUCAUUUAUGGAAGGCAGAGGAUAACCUGUGCAAGGAGCUGUCAACCAAACUCCCUUACUGUAAGGAAAACGUGUGCCUGGCAUACGGACUGGACUGGUCUGUGUACGCCGUCGGUUCUCAAGCACACGUGUCCUUUCUAGACCCUCGGCAAUCUACUCAAAACAUCAAAUCCGUGAACUCCAGAGAACGUAACAGUGGAAUUCGAUCCGUCAGCUUCUACGAGCACAUAGUGACGGUGGGCACAGGUCACGGCUCUCUGCUCUUCUACGACAUCAGGGCCCAGCGUUUCCUUGAUGGAGCAUCCAGUACACCCGGCGGGUACCGGAAGUGCACUGCAGAGGGCAUUCUGAAGCUCUCUACUGGAAGAGGCUGGCUGAACCAUGAUGAGACAUGGAGAAGCUAUUUCUCAGACAUCAGCUCCUUCCCCAACGCCGUCUAUACGCAUUGCUAUGAUGACUCUGGAACCAAGCUUUUUGUGGCUGGAGGACCUCUCUGCUCGGGUUUGCACGGAAACUACGCCGGUCUUUGGAGCUAGCCUUGACUUUCCUCUCAGCUUUUUCCUGCUAUUUUUUUUUCUAAAUUAAUGUUCUCAAUCGUCUGUCUGUCUGUCUCUCUCGUUUAUGUCUCCAUUUCUGUUUUUACUGGACUCAGGAGCACAAAGAUAAUUCCUCUCACUUUUACCUUACUGUACAAUUUCUCCACCUCUCUUUUCCACUCGUUUGCUCUGUGUCUCGACUUUUAUAUGUGUGCGAUGCAGCCGAGCAGCUGUGAAGCCCGGGCUCAGAGAAGGUCCUCUGUGUGAAGACGAGCGGCUGGAAAGCAGCACACACUCGCUCUGUAUCUGCUGGCGCUUGCCUCUGAGAACUCAAAGUGUGAAGUCAUUAAAAUAUUUAACAGCCUCUCCAGGAACUUG